AUGGCGGCGUGGGAUCUUUCCGUCACUGUGGAGGACCUGGGGCCUGAUGCCCCCCCUGUCACCAUCAGUGUUACCUCUGAUCUUCACACUGGAGGAGUUAUCGUCAAGCUGGUAGAAAAGACGCAGAUCAAGCGUGAUUGGUCAGACCAUGCACUGUGGUGGGACCAGAAGCAGCGGUGGCUGCUGCGAACAGCCUGGACUCUGGACAAAUAUGGGAUCCACGCAGACGCCCGGCUGGUUUUCAUGCCUCAACACAAGCCCCUUAAACUGGGCCUGCCCAACGGCACGACGGUGAGGCUGAGGGCCUGCUUCUCCAACCCCGUCUUCCAGACCGUGAUGGGCAUCUGCAGGAUGUUUAACAUCCGUCACCCAGAGGAGCUCUCCCUCCUACGCCCUGUGGAGGAGAAGAAGAAGAAAAAAGACAAAGAUCUGAUGGAGGAGAUCUACGACCUGACCGAGGUGCCCCUUUCCUCGGGUACACUCAUCCCAUUUUUGUCCCGGCCCUGCCUGUACAACGGCAUGCCGGCUCACUUUGCUGACUCAGAGAACAUGGAGGCCAUUUACAAGAUGCUGUCCAUCACUCAGCCUCCUCCCGCCCCCGAGGUCAUCUCCAAGCAGUAUCGUCCGGCCAGCGUGGUGGACAAGGCUCACAUCAACGGCAGGUGGCUGGACUCAUCACGUUGUCUCAUGCAGCAGAGCAUCCAAGAAAACGACCGACUCUGGCUUCGUUUCAAGUACUAUUCCUUCUAUGAUAUAGACCCCAAGUACGAUAUGGUGCGUCUGACCCAGAUUUAUGAGCAGGCCCGCUGGGCCAUCCUGCUGGAGGACGUCGACUGCACAGAGGAGGAGAUGAUGCUGUUUGGAGCUCUGCAGUACCACAUCAGUAAGGUGUCUCAGUCGGAGCCCCAGACUCUGAGCUCCAGCGCUGCCAUGGAUGACCUGGAGUCCGCCCUGCAAUCUCUGGAGGUCAAGAUGGAGGGAGAGAGCAGCUCUGCGACUGAGCUGCUGGAAAACAUGACGGCUCCAGAGCUCAACGACUACUUAAAGAUAUUUAGACCCAAGAGACUCACUCUGAAGGGAUACAAGCAGUACUGGUUCAAGUUUCAGGACACCUCCAUCUCUUAUUUCAAGAGCAAAGAGGAGAGUAUCGGGGAGCCCAUUCAACAGAUUAACCUCAGAGGAUGUGAGGUGGCUCCAGAUGUUAAUGUGGCAGCUCAGAAGUUUCUCAUCAGACUGCUGAUACCAGCACCCGAAGGCAUGAAUGAGUUGUAUCUGCGCUGUGAAAACGAGCAGCAGUACGCUGAGUGGAUGGCUGGAUGUCGGCUGGCCUCCAAAGGCAAGACUCUUGCGGACAGCAGUUUCCAGAGUGAGAUCCAAAGCAUCCGUUCGUUCCUGGCUAUGCAGAAGACCAACUCUGGUUCCAGUGCAGCUGCCAGUGAUGAAAGCAUCAACACUCACAGUCUGGUAUCACCACGCUACCAUAAAAAGUACAAGCCUAAACAGCUGACCCCUCGUAUCCUGGAUGCGUACCAGAAUGUGGCCCAGCUCUCACUGACAGAUGCGCUGAUGCGUUUCCUGCAGAUCUGGCAGGCCCUGCCCGACUUUGGACUCUCAUACGUUGUUGUCAGGUUUAAGGGUAGUCGAAAAGACGAGGUACUGGGCAUAGCCCCCAACCGGCUGAUCCGGAUCGACCUGGGAGUGGGUGAUGUGGUCAAGACCUGGCGUUAUAACAACAUGAAGCAGUGGAACGUCAACUGGGACAUACGGCAGAUGGCCAUUGAGUUUGAGGGCAACGUGAACAUCGCCUUUAGCUGUGUGACGGCAGACUGUAAAAUUGUUCACGAGUUUAUCGGAGGCUACAUCUUCAUGUCAACACGCAGCCAUGAGAAGGGCGACACGCUCAAUGAAGAGCUCUUCCAUAAACUGACCGGAGGCCACGAAGCUCUCUAAGACUGAA